AUGGAAGCCUCAGGAUUCUCUCGUCUUUUCCACAAUUUCGAGAAUGUUGUGGAACCAAAAGAGUGUCGAAAAAUUGGCACGGUGCCAAGUUAUUUGAAAGGGACCAUGCUUCGAAAUGGACCUGGAAUGUUUGAAAUCGGAGAGGACAAGUAUCAACACUGGUUUGACGGUCUCGGUUUUAUGCAGAGAUACCAUUUUGAGAAUGGAAAGAUGUUCUACUCGGCUCGCUAUCUGGAAUCGGAAGCGUACGCCCAAAACAUGCAAGCCCAGCGUAUCGUAGCCGGCUCCUUCGGAACUGCUACAUUCCCGGACCCAUGCAAAACGCUUUUCUCGAAAUAUUUCUCUACUUUUAUGCACGAAGCACCGGAGAAACAUGACAAUGCAAAUGUGGCGUUCACACCAGUUGGAGAUGGGCUGUAUGCGUGCACCGAGACGCCAUACAUGUAUAGAAUCGAUUUGGAUACGUUGAAGGCGUUGGGAGAGGCCGACUUCUCCAAAUACGUCGCCCUUCAUUCCUGUACCGCCCAUCAACUCUACGACGAGAACGGGGACGUGUACAACAUUGGAUCUCGUUUCGGACCCGACUCGGCGCACGUUUUUACAGUAACCCGGAACCCGAAAAAUGAGCAAUCGGAGAGUAAUCACUCUUGGGAGCACACGGAGAAAAUUGGAGAGAUCCCCGCGUCGGAUCCAUUGUACCCGACGUAUAUGCACUCUUUCGGAAUGUCUGAGAACUAUUUGAUCAUGUUUGAGUCGCCUGUGAGAGUGAACCUUCAAAAAUUCAUUCUGAGAAAUUUUAUCAAUGCGACUUAUCGUGAUUGUUUGGAAUGGAAGAAUAAUCAGGAUGUCAAAGUGUUCAUCUUGAACAAGAAAACUGGUGAAAAAUUGGAUUUGAAGCUGAAAAUGGACCCAUUUUUCACAUUCCACCAUGCGAACACUUUUGAGAAAAAUGGAUGCUUGGUUGUGGAUUACUGUAGAAUUGAGAAUGCCGGAAAUUUCAGGACUUUGGAUAUCGAUAAUAUGAGGAAUGGAGAGUUUCAGAAUGAUCUCACCUUCCUUCCAUACCUCACCCGUGUGAUCAUUCCUCUAUCAAUUCCAUCUACAGUAAUCCCGGGACAGGAUAUCCUAGAAUCUUUGGAUUGGGAAACCGGCUACUCAGCAAUUCUCGAGGAUGAUGGAUCCAUAAAACUGACCGAGAAACGGACCUGCGACGUUUCCAUGGAAUUCCCUCGUUAUCACUGGGAGAAAAUCAACAUGAAGGAGACAAAUACGUUUUUGGCUCCACCGUUUUCGGAAAAGUCAACGAGAAUCCGGCUGGGGUGGGUAAUCAAGGCUGAUUUGAAAACCGGAAAUCAUUUGAUUUGGAACCGAGAGAAUGAGCACCAAAUCUGUGGCGAGCCCAUUUUUGUGCCCAAUCCAGAGGGCGUGGAAGAGGAUGAUGGAAUCCUAAUUGUCCCAAUUAUGACGAUCAGUGUAACACAACCACCAUUCGUGUUGAUUCUGGACGCCAAAACGUUGAAGGAAACCGCGAGAUUUGAAAUUCCAGAAGAGAGAAUUCCAUUGGGUUUCCAUGGAUUCUAUCAAGGGAGAUAA